UAGAUUUUGCAGGCUUCGAAACAAAGGGUUUUUUGUCACAGAAGCUUAAAGUAUAUUAAACCAUCAAGAUGCGAGUUUCUACAACAUUUAUUUUUAUCGGGAUCUUCGCCACAAUCUCCACACAUUUGGUCUUCGCAGAGAGCAAUUCAAAAGAAAAUUUCGAAGAUCUAUCUUCAUUCUUAGUAAUGGCCAGGACCUUAGAUGAUAACGCAGGACACAUAGCGAGAGCAUUCUGCCUGAGCGUUUUAAAAAGUGUAGACCAGAUGGAGAAAACCCGAUUUCAAGAAGAAAAUCGUUGCCCCGAUCCCAUGAAAGUAGAACAAAAGCUGACUGAACAGGUGAAAAGGUUAACGAUGGAGUGGAAAAAUCUCAAGGCAUCUAAAUGCAAAUCAAAAAAAAAAUAAAAGGAAAUUAGUAUAAAGAGCCACAUAAAAUAUAGUAAUUCUAUAAAAACAAGAAAGAAAGCUCACUUUGGCCAGCCAAAGUUUGUAUACCCUUGCAGGUAACAAUAAAAAUAUAUCAUAACUAA